UAUAAAAAGACGAUUAUACUGACUGUCUUGGACAUUGUUGAAGAAAUUUUACAAUGAGGGUUUCUCUGCUGCUGGUGUUGUGUCUGUUUGCCACAUGGGCUCAAGGGCAGAACCAAGGAGAGGCCCAAGGAGAGAUCCAAGGAGAGAUCCAAGGAGAGAACCGAGGAGAAAACCAAGAAAAGAACCAGGCAGCUGACGACAGUGUACAGACCAGUGGCCAGACAACCAGCACAGACCUACGCUGCCCUGAUGAGCUGCGAGACAUGCUGGUGGAGCAGAGGGUGCAGCUUCAAAACACCAGAGCUGAACUACAAACCGUGAGAGACAAAGUGGCCGAGUUGGAAAAAGACAAUGCAGCAGCACAAGUGACAUCACUGGUUGCCAGGAUGACAAGCAGUGAGAAGGAGGUGGAGGAGCAGAAGAAGGUGGUGGCAGCCCUCCAGGAGGAGAUGGGUGUUUGUAAGACAGAACAAAACCUCAGCACCAGCAAACUGACAGAGAUCCAAAACUCGAUCAAAGGCUCUAUGAAGGUGGCUUUCUCUGCUAGCUUGACUACUGCAGGAAAGAUUGGACCAUUCAAUACUGAAAUUACACUGGUCUACAGUAGAGUGUUUACAAAUAUUGGUGGAGGCUACAACCCAAUAACAGGUUUUUUCACGGCACCAGUGAAAGGAGUGUACUACUUCAGAUUCACUGCCUUCAGCAAGGGCGGAGAGUGGAUGGCUGUAAAUCUGUACCACGGUGGUGAAAGACUUCUGCAUAAUUCGGAGUUGAACAACGGACAUGGCUUCAUUGCAAAUGCGUUGAUUCUGCAGCUGGAGCAGGGAGGUUUGGUUCAUAUGCGUCUCCAACAAAAUUGUGGGCUUUAUGACGACAUCAACACCCUUAACACGUUCAGUGGGUUCUUGUUGUAUGCCCUCUGAUGAAGAUACGGUUAGAAAUCUUCAAGAAUUUCAUUAAGCACCACAUACUGAGUGCAUGAGCACUGGUUAUACUUUGCUAAAAUGUAAUCAACACAUCAGCAUACAACAGCUGAACUUUCCAAGUCUACUUAACAGUAUAUUGCCGCACACUGACUAUGUUCAUCAUAAACAAAAAAAUUCCAAUAAAAAGAUCUUAUGUUAUGUGAGUUUUCCUUUCUGUUGGAAUGGGACACAUGUUCAUGUAAAGUGUCAGCAAUGAACUGUAAGUUAAAUACUGUAUGUUACUUUUCCACAAACCUACCACUUCUAUUUUAUAUAUUUUUCUUAUUGUUUGUCUGCAGAGACAUUAAUAACUGAGAUAAACACAAAAUCAGGGAUCAGACUUUGAACUGUAAAGAGCUGAUUUGAGUAAUGUCAAAGUCUACAGGGUCCUCCUGCAAAUGAUAAGGGCCAGUUUCUGUACAGUAUGUCAACAACAAGAGACAAAAAGAGUACUGGACAUGGCUUCAUUGCAAAUGCGUUGAUUCUGCAGCUGGAGAAGGAAGGUGUGGUUUAUAUGCGUCUCCAACAAAACUGUGGGCUUUAUGACGACCCCAGCACCCUUAACACGUUCAGCGGGUUCUUGUUGUUUGCCCUCUGAUGAAGAUACGGGUAAAAAUCUUGAGCACGGGUUAUAUGUAACUAAAAUGGCUGAACAUUCCAAGUGUACUUUACAGUUUAUUGUUGCAUAACGAUGACUAUAUUCAUCAUUAAGCAAACAAAUCCAAUAAAAAGAUCUUAUGUUAUGUGAGUUUCCUUUUUUGCUGGAAUUGAAUACAUGUUCAUGUAAAGCAUUAACAGCAUUGAACUAGAGGGGGCUAAAUAUGUCACUUUAUAGCAAACUUUGACUCUGAUGUUAACAUUGUAUUUCAUUAAGGUUUUAAUAAAAGCCCUCCAAAGAA